UCACAGAGGAGCACUAAUGAAGUUAUGUGGACAGAAAUGAUGAAUGGUCUUUGAUUUAGCAAUAUGACUGCAUGCUCGCUCCCUCCUCCCCCAGUCUCCCUCUUCAGUCCCUGCCCUGUGGUUUUUCUUGCAACAUCCAUUCUCAAAAUGUGUGUUGGAUCCUUUCUGCUCUGCGCUUUCUGUGGGCGGAGAUUGGUUCAAAAAGCAAGUGGGGAAGAUACUUUGACAGAAGGCAGGGAACUGCAGCUGUUCUAGUCUCACAGGACAAAAAAAAGAGGCACAAGACUUCACUUUGUCUCAUUGUUAGCUUGAAUCGCAGGCUCGGAUUAUAAUCUAUAUGUUCUAUAUUAUAUCGACUGAUAAUCCAUUGAUUAUUGAAAACCCUGGCCAAAUCCUGCCCUCCCAUUGGAUAGCACUGCUCAAGUCAUCCUGCACAUUCUUGGGGAAGGCAAGGUUCCAUCGCUGGCAACUGUAUCCAUCCAGGAACAUGCUGGAGAGCAGCUGCAAGGUGGUGAAGGAAGGGCUCCUGGAGAAGAGGAGCGAUGGCUUGCUGCAGCUCUGGAAGAAGAAGCGGUGUCUCCUCACCGAGGAAGGUCUUCUCCUUAUCCCACCCAAACAGCUGGAGCAACCACAGCAGCAGCAGAGCUCCCCUCCGGAGCCUGCCAGGAUUAAAGAGCUCCACUUCUCCAACAUGAAGACGGUGGAUUGCGUGGAGAGGAAAGGGAAAUAUGUGUAUUUCACGGUGGUGAUGGCUGAGGGGAGGGAGAUAGAUUUUCGGUGCCCGCAGGAUGAAGGCUGGAACGCUGAGAUCACGCUGCAGAUGGUGCAGUAUAAGAACAGACAGGCUAUUCUGGCUGUGAGGUCCACAAGGCAGAAACAGCAGCACCUGGUCCAGCAACACGGACAGCGGCUCAGGAGCACGUCCAACUCUGCAUAGCCACAGUCUGUACAGGACUCCAGGUUGAAUUUAAGAAGCACUUUAUGGGGUAUAAAAAAAGUCUUUUUUUGUUCAACGUGUCUAAUACUACAUUCAAAAUGUUGCAAAAUCUACGAUGGCAGACAGUGGACUAUGGCCAGAUUAUGGAGGUUAUGCGGUUGAUAUCACCCUCUUCCUGCACGGGAGGAUGUCUAUGAACAUGAAACAUAGUUGGCAUCUCACACACAGGAAAGAUGUGAGGACAUAACACGCUGUUAACUAUUUAUUUACUUUGUUUUCCGCUAUUUGCCAAACAUGACUGCGCACAAGCCAAUACUUUAAGUAUGAGUUUAAUCUUGCAGAGUUGCAAGCCAUGUUCUUCAAAUACACUACAUGCCUUGUCGACUUUUUUUUUUUUUUUUAUUCAAUGGCGGUUUCAAUAUUUUGUAAAGCAUCCAACGAGAGAGAAGUAGAAGACCAUUAUUUUUCUUUCGACACAAUGGUGGACACCAAUAUGCAUUUUUCCGCUGAGCUCAAUAUCCUGUGUUAAGCCUUAUGAAAUAUUUAUUUUUUCACUGCUAAGCAAUCCAGAAGGCUAUACGGAAUCAAAUACAACACGUUUUGGGCAGAAGAUGCAAUUCAAACAGAAGGAUGUUAUCAUUUUGUUUGGUCAGGUUGAUAAUUUCAAUAUUUUUUCUGCGUACGGCAAAAAUUGGCCUCUACGUUCUGUCCAGAUUACGGCAGCCAAACACGCGGAACAGACUGUAACCUCUUCAUGGUGAAAUGACACGUGCAAAAAUCCAUUAGACUUGUUAAAUUUGAUAUUUAAAAUGACUCUCUAAGCAUCUUAACCAGUGCCACUACAACUUAUUGUAGUGGUUAAACCACAAGUAUCUUUGAAUACAGUUUGACAAAACUCCUUGCUUUCCCGGCACCCAAAGUCCAGAUCCUUUUCUGCUGCUGCUGAGAUGAGUGGAUGUUUCACAUGUGUAUUCUCCAUACAAGUUUGGAUGGCGAUAAUAGGCUGAGGUCACUGGACUAAGUCGACCCAGUACUCAGAGCCUAUGAUUGCCAUCCACAUUUGUACAGGUUGUUAUAGCAGAAUAACAGGGCAAUUGAAAGUGAAACGAUCUUUGUCAAACUGCUUGAAAAUCUAUCAUUACAAAUAAAUCAAUAAAGGUUCUGUGCCCAAUGAGAUAUCGCACCAUAACCACUACAACAAGCUCUAGUGCCUGAGGUGCUUAAAGUGUCUGUUUAAGAAGACUGCAUCUUGUUUUUUUUGUUUUUUUUAAAUGGCACAUGAGAAAAUGAAACAUUACUGUUAAAUGAAGCAGCCUUUGAUUUAAUAUGCAGACUCUAUACAGGACCAAUCUGAGUGUAUUGUACUGGUCAAUGUAUUUGGUUUAAAUGUUCAUGGCUCUUUUUGGACAAAUUAUGUUUAAAUAAUUUGCAAAGCAUAUUUUUAUGUAACCAUUUAUGUUGGAGGGGUAUUAAGAUAUUUAUCUAACAAGCAAUGGUAUGAUACAUGGUAACUUUUUUUUUUUAAGGGUGCCGUAAUGUCUUUUCCUAUUUUGUAGACUUUAUUUUACUCUUUCUUUUUGUUUUUUUGUGCAUCAACAAAAAAUCCCCCCUUUAUCUACUGCUGAACAUUUGUAUAUUUUGAUAAAUCUGAACAUUUGCAUGAAAUAUCAAAUCUUUAUAUUUUUCGUUUUAUUUUUGUUUCAUUACAUGAAAGUUAUCAUGCUCCACUUGAUAUGAGUGCUUUUAAGUAGAUGGAUGAUUAAUUACACAUAUAUAAGGGUGCAUUUUCAGUCAUCAACAUACAAUGGAACCCCUACGAUAAUUAGAUUGGCAAAAACCUAGUGAAAAAUAAAACAUACGAUUUGUAAAUAC